AUGUACGAUGCGACUCCCCCACAAGUCAACACUGAACGCGUACUUCUAGGUGACGGAGAGGAGCCAUGCUCCCGCUGCUUGAAGUACGACUUCACCUGCUCAUACGAGGAGAAAGCUGCAAAACGAACGUCAAGCAACUACGUGAAAUCAUUGGAAUCACGACUUAGAACCGUCGAAUCCCUGCUACAACAGCAACAAUCUCAGCCACCUGCCCUUCCUCCCCCACCAAAACCGUCAGACUACAAGAAAUCCAUUGGUCCUGGGGUGCAGGUUGUCACCGAAGUGAUUAGAAACCUCAAUAGUCCCUUUCCGGUUCCCCAUUCCGAUGACCUUGCUUUCACCGACAUCUCUCACAAGCUUAGCCACCUCAAAAUAUCCAAAGGGUUCCACGGGAAGUCGAGCCAAGCGAUGUUGGUCAAGUCUAUUAUGGAUUUGAAAGGCUGUGGCCAGGGGUGCGCGCCGAGGCGUCAAGUAUCUGAAAAGCCUUGGGCAAUGAGACCAUGGAAUUCAUACAACCCGGCGAAACCAUACAUAUUUCCGGAAGACAACCUCCUUGUCAGCCUCGUCACCUUAUACUUUGUGAAUGUCAAUAGCUUUUAUCCGCUGCUCCAUCGCGACACGUUUGAACAAAGCAUCGCAAGAGGUGGUCAUCUAAAAGACGACGUAGAAUUUGGAGCAGUCGUGUUACUAGUCUGUGCCCUUGGAGCUCAGUACUCUUCUGAUCCUCGCGUGCGAGGCCUGCCGCCAACUUCACCCAAUGGCCAUAUUUGGUUCGACCAAGUUGAUCUUGUGGUCUUCAGCCAGCCAACGCUGUCCACGUUACAGUCCUAUUGUCUUGCUACUCUGUAUCUUGAGCGGACAUCCAGCCCUCGCGCUUGUUGGUCUGUCGUCGGGGCAGGUAUGCGUCUUGCGCAAGACAUGGGUUCCCACAGGGAACGCAUGCAUCGCGGUCCGAUUUCUCCUGAAAUGGAACUGGAGAAGCGAGCUUAUUGGCUCCUUACCCUAAUGGACACACGAUUCAGUGCUGCUCUCGGGCGGUCAAUCGCCAUUCCACUUCACGAAACGGAUCUCGGUCUUCCUAUCCGAUGCGAUGACCAGUACUGGACGGAGGGAGGCUUUGCGCAACCGCCUGAGCUUCCCUCUUCCGUGGAUUUCUUCAUAUUGGAUCUUAAACUCCAGAGGAUACUGUCGUACACGCUCAAGAUAUUGUAUACAACAAACCGAAAUAAACGGCUAAUAGGGCUUAACGAUGAUGAUUGGGAGGAGCCGCUCGUUGUCGAAUUUGAUUCUGCACUCAACUCGUGGUUUGACUCGAUUCCGGAGCAUCUUCGCUGGAACCCUCAGGAGUCUGUCGAUCCAAACGCGCUAUUCCUCGAUCAGUCAGCGGCUCUCUACUGCAUGUUUUAUUUCGCCCAAAUCCUCAUCCAUCGGCCAUUCAUCCCAGCAUCGCAUCAUGCCAAAGGACCUGGCGCUAAACCGAGAACUUUCCCCUCGCUUUCGGUUUGUAACAAUGCUGGUCGAGCAAUUGCUCGUCUCGUCGAUGUCUAUACCAGACUUCGUCCCGGACACCCACUCAUCUGUGGCCCCACUCCUGCCUUUACGGCGGGAGUUGGGCUUCUGCUCAAUGUCUGGGGCAUGGCACGCAAUACCAAACAGACCUCUGGAUCCGUCGUUGCCAAGGGCGGCUCAAGCGACCAGCAAAUGCUUGACCUCAUCGAUGUUCGCCGUUGUUUGGAAGCUCUUGAGGCUCAUGCAGCUCAAUGGCCAAGCGCUGCACCAUUAGCAGACACACUUCAGCAACUGCUGAAUGUUGAUAUCGAAAACGCUGUCACCGCCGCUUUUCCGUACCCCCCGCCCUCAGGCCCCACUCAAAUAGGUCGAAGCGCCUCGCCGUCCCCAUUUUCCGGACCAGCAGUCGACAGUCAGAUGGUCAACGACGCUGUUGCGCAGUGGUCAAACUCAAAUUCCGACCACACUCAUUCCGGUUUCACGCCAUCACAGCCUGUCGACGAGGUAGAGCUGAUGCUGCAAUACUCGUUUGGCCCCGGGGAGGAGCAGGCACACCAGCAACCUACAUCCAGCUCUUCCUAUGCCGACCUUUUCGCUAUGGACGUUGAUAUGAACACGGUCGCCUUUUGGUCGCAGGCGCCGAGCACCUUUGAAGUGUCGGACUGGGGCAUGUAUUUAGAGGCGAUGGGGAAUGCGAUAGACCACGUAUCUACUGAGUACUAG